AUGAACUCCUCGAAUGACAAUUACACGAUUCACAAGGUUUCUCUCAAGCGCACCCGUCAAGCAUGUGCUCCCUGUCGGCGCAAGAAAGCGCGCUGCCCCGGUGAGAAGCCAGCGUGCUCGCUAUGCCAGCGAUUAGGACAGCGCUGCACCUAUGGGCCACAGGCCUCGGCGAACCGAGCGCGAAAUAACCGGACACCCUCAACUCCGAGUCAAGAUAUUAGUUCCGAACCCGUCAAAGAGGUGCGCAUCGCAAACCGGGCCCAAUGGCAUAUCGCAUGGACAUUUCCUGACUCAUUGAGCCUUCAGACAAGCAAUUCCGACGCUCCGAGCACGCGACGACUCCAGCAGAUUGAACAACGACUGGAUGAGAUCUCGGGCCUCCUCCGAGAUCAUCUUCCCCGGACAAAUGUGUUGACGGAGGCAUUACGUGAAUAUUUGCCGGAAGGCACCGAUUCCAUCCAGCAAGAACACGAUGCCGUCUCCACCCCAGUCGAUCCUCCGAUCGAAGCCCAAGAUCCUUCUUUAUGCUCCGUACUACCAUCCUCUUUCAUCCAAGCCGAAGUCGAAGUCUACUUAACGUACUUCCACGAUCAACCAUACUGCGUGUUCGACAAAGAUUGGCUACUGAGAAACGCAUCCUCCCUGCCUUCGGAUAUCGCGUUUCCAUUGGUGGCUCUCACUCAUCGCCUUUCAGUCUGUUCACCCGGAUUGGCAGGUCGUGGUAUGUCUACGGGCAAGCUCUGCGCGGAGCGGGCUUGGAAUAUAUUGUCAUCUCGUUACCAAGACGGAAAAACAGGGCUUUCCUUUCUCCAGGGUACCUUCCUCAAUGCUCAGCUGGAUUUUGCAGAUGGAAAUGCACACCGAGGAUGCGCAUCUGUCGCCAUUGGCUUGCGAGUCAUCCAAUUCUUUGGGCUUAACCAGGGGAGAAACCUUUCGGGAAUGAACAGAUGUGAAGCGGAAGCAAGGCGGCGGAUAACAUGGGCAUUCUUCAUGCUCGAUCGGACCUACAAUGCGUCGCGAAAUUAUUCAUUGUGUCUUGCGGAUAACCACUUCACUCUCCUCUUUCCGUCUUCGGCCACGGGAAACUCGACAGUCCGAGGAUCUUUGCACGAGAAGUCAACCAAACAAGGGCACAAGGUCGAUCAAGGAAUCAUGGCUUGCCUCGUUCAGCUUUACGCUUUAUGGGGCAAGGCAACGGAAUGGGUGUUUGAGCCAUUGAUGACGAGCUUCCUACCUCCCUGGCAAACCGGAUCUGCCCUUUCCAUUCUGGAGUCCGAGUGGAUGCAGUUUGAGACGCAGUUCGCAGACACACAUCGCUACAUGAACGUUGAUUUCAAGCGACGUGCGCGCGAAGAACCCCAGUCCCAUCCUUACCUCUCCACCUGGCUAUGUGUUCAAUUCCUUUUCCAUUCUAUCCAGUGUCUUUUGCAUCACCCUUUCGUCACAAUGAUCAAACUCCGUCACAUGAGCGGAAACCUCUCAGCAACCUUUCUACAAAAGUCGUUCGAGACGUCUUUGCUUCAUUCUAGGUGGAUUGCUAGGUUCAUCAAGGAAAUGGCAGAGGUCGAUAUGCGGCUAUGUGACCCGUUCUUCGGGUACCUGGCGGCAAUCGCUGCAACGAUUCAGCUCGAGCACACUGGUAAUAAAAACCCGAAAAUCGCUCUGCUCGUGAAUAACGAAUAUCGCACACUCGUGGGAUUUAUGAAUGAGGUCUCUUCUCAAUGGGAAAGUAUGGAAGUAUUGGUUCAUCGGGUAAACAAACUAGCUGCCCGGCAUCAAAAUUACGGAUCGCUGUUCUAUAAUCAGGACGGCUUCUCCGGAGCUUUGUCGAGCAUGGUAACCCCUUCAAAUUUACCAAGAAUGUCCAGCGAGGAUGAGGCCUUGAUGUGGGACAUUCUUGAUCUCACCUCUUCAUCCCGUUUUCCUUCAGCAGCAGAUAUGACAGGCUCGGCUACUCAGCAUGAAGAAAUCACACCAAAUGAGAAAAGUUCACCGGAGCAGGAACUGGAUGUAGACCCCCAUGGAGCAGGUCACGGUCAAGAACCAGACACUUCGAACUUUCUUGCUCAUGGAGAACCUCUUCUUGGAGGGGCAUCACACCCGGUUGAUGAGCCGGUAUCAGAUUGGCCAUUCUCACAACGUGUCGGGAAUAACCCUUUGACCGCUGUUCCUGAUAUUCCUGAUUGGAUGGUCUUUGGAGACUUUACAGAACAUCUCUGA